CACUGCCCCAGGGAUUUCCUGGUAUUUAAAGGAAUGAUUAGGAUUACUGUGGAUGUGUGGAAGAGGUUCUGCUCACUCGCAAAGCCCUCAGAGGAUCAAGAAAUGGAGGCUGAAAUGAAGAAUGUUCUGCUCAGGGCAGGAGAUCAGCUGAAAGUCCAAGGGAAGAUCAAUGCCGAUGCCAAAAGGUUUCAGAUUGAUCUGGGAUCUAGUUCAAGUGAACUGGCGCUUCACUUCAACCCCCGUUUUUACGAAGACGAUAGUGAAACACCAGUGCUGGUGUGUAAUUCACGGAGUGAUAAUAUCUGGGACCAGGAGCAAAGAGACACCCACAAUCCUUUUCACCCAGGCUCUACGUUUAAAGUUGUACUGAAGCACACUGGAAGACUGUUUGAGGUGAAGCUACCUGAUGGGCAGGAGAUUGAGUUCCCCAACCGACAGGGGAUGGAGACCAUCAGUUAUAUUCGUGUCAAGGGAGACAUCAGCAUCACGUCUUUCAAGAUGUAUUAAGAAAGCAUUGAACAUCUGAUUGAACUGACAUUAGAACAAAAUAAAUGCUCCAGUCUGGCUUUGAUAAGGCAAGCAGCCCCCCCUGCUGGAUCACACGUGUAGUGCCACCAACAUAACGUGUCAGUAAAUUAAAAAAAGAAAUAAUAAAUACAAUUUCAUUGCAACCAAA